CAGUCAGCUGUAGCAGCCAACAUCGCUUACUAAAUUUAUCUUGAUGCGUAUAUCAUUCUAAAUACGUGGAAGAAACAUUUUAUUAUCACAACAGAAAGCUAAAUAGUAAGAUAAAGAAAUGAGAGUAAACUGAAUACUUAAUAUAUAUACGUAAUAAUAAAUUCAAAAAAUUAGUUUUUUGUCAGUUUACGCAUUUAACAAGUGGAUAGAAAAUAAUUCUUUACAUAUAUUUUUUUAGUCUAUUGUGCAUUUGUAUAUAUGUAUGUGAGUAGUGCUCCACGAAGGCAAUAGUUUGUGGUACAUAAAACAACGUCAAGGGAUUGACAAUGGAUUGGCGGCAGGCGGAAAUUUUCGAUUUGAUAUCCAUGUACAGAGAGUCUGAGUGUCUAUGGAAUUGUCUAAAUCCAGAAUAUAAAGACCUGGACUUGAAGAAAAAUGCAUGGAGGGAAAUCGCUAAUUUCUUCGGAAGAAAUGUGGAGGAUGUGAAGAAGAAAAUUAAAAAUUUGCGCACUAGUUACGUUAUAGAGAAAAAGAAAGUCGAGAGAAAGAAAACCGAAUCGGAAGACUCUCUGUAUGAGCCUCGUUUAUUUUACUAUGAUGAAAUGACCUUUUUGGACCCUGUAGUAAUUUUACGUUUUUUUAAUCCUACAGAACAGAAUGCUGAUCCCUUAACUGAAAUAAAACAAAAGCGUUCUACAAACGAAGGAUAUAUGAUAGCUGAAAAGAAAAAACGAAAACUAUUUAGUAAUAGUCAGACGGAGCGAGCACAUUUGGAAUUGUCUCCUACAAAAAGACUGCGUGAUAUAAGUGAUGUACACUUAGAUAAUGUACUACAAGACGAAUUAGAAGAGG